CGCGCACAUCUAACUUCUCAUUUUUCUUAAUGAGGUUGUCACAAAGCCUACGCCAUCUGCUCAAUCUAUAUAUAUAGCCAAAGUGAUUUCCAAGUUCUCACUACAAUCUACUAAGCCAUGGGGGUCACCAACUUUACACAAGAGUUCACAUCCCCAAUUGCGUCAUCAAGAAUGUUCAAGGCAUUGAUCUUAGACUCUUCCAACCUCAUCCCAAAGCUCUUACCACAAUUCAUCAAAAACGUUGAAUUAAUCCAAGGAGAUGGAGGAGCCGGAAGCAUUGAACAAAUCAACUUCACUGAAGGUAGCCACUUCAAAUAUGUGAAGCACAGAAUUGAUGAGCUUGAUAAGGGCAAUUUGGUGUGCAAGUACACUAUGAUUGAAGGGGACCCCUUGGGUGACAAGUUUGAAUCUAUUGGUUAUGAGGUCAAGUUUGAAGCCGCCAGUUAUGGGGGAUGCAUCUGCAAGAUGACAAGCAAAUACAAUACCAAAGGCGAUUUUGAAAUCAAAGAAGAAGAUGUUAAGGAGGGCAAGGAGAGUACUAUUGGGGUCUACAAAGUUGUGGAAGCCUACCUCUCAGAGAACCCUCAACUCUACGCUUAGUUUCCUAAGCUUUUUACAUUCUAUACCUGAUGCUAGUUCUUCGUUUGCUCUUUAAUUUUAUUAUGUUUUUUGGAUGAGUGAAAUUUUUUAUAGCAACACAAAGAUUAAAAAAUCCCUCUAGCAGCAGAUCCCCCUAGAACACAAGUUGCUAAUUAAGCAACUUACAGACAAAUCUCAAUCUUCUGAGAUUAAGGUCAUGUUAAUCUUCUAUGUAUGGUUUCAAUUUUAUCGGAUGUCCCGAAGUGUUAGGAAAUAUAUCUUAUUUCUCAGAACUGGUGAGACUCGAAAAUUAAGAAGAACGCAAAAACAAAAAAUCACAAAAACACAGAGAUUUACGUAGUUUACCACUAAAAGCUACGCCCACAGAAUUACAGCAAAGUUUCACUAUUUUCAAGAGAGAUAAUACUAGAGGUGUCAACCAUACAUCCCCUCACUCCAUGGACUAAGCCUCUAAAAAAAUCUCAUUUAAAUCGUAGGGCU